AUGACGAAGAUCACUGCUACUCCCAAGUCUUCCCUUGCGGAUGAGCCACUGAAAAUCCAUGUCACUGGCUUGGAGCCCACCCAGCUGGUGACCCUCCAGGCCUCUCUGACUGAUGAAAGGGGGGUGCUCUUCCAAGCCAGAGCUUUUUACUGGACGGAUAAGAAUGGCCAAGUGGAUCUGGAGCGGGAUGCUGCCACUGGCGGGGAUUAUUCUGGCGUGCAGCCGAUGGGGCUCUUCUGUUUCCUGAAGCCUGAGAAGCCCUUUUCUAGGCUGAUUAAACAAGAUGUGAUGAACACCCCCUACAAGGUCCGCCUGGAUGUGUUCGAUUCAUUUCAACUGUCUUCCCCGCCUCAGAACCAGGCCCUGGCCAGCCAAACCGUGGAGAGGUGGUACGCAGCUCCCGGCGUGCAAAGGAUCCCGGUCAGGCACGGCAGAGUCCGCGGGGCUCUCUUUCUUCCCGCAGGAAACGGUCCUUUUCCAGGCGUAAUUGACAUUUUUGGUGGAAUCGGUGGGCUAGUUGAAUUUCGGGCUAGUCUUCUCGCCAGCCACGGUUUUGCAACUUUGGCCCUAGCGUAUUUUGCUUAUGAAGAUCUGCCCAGUGCUCUGGGCCCUAUAGAUUUGGAAUAUUUUGAGGAAGCUGCGGAGUUUCUCCUGAAGCAUCCCAAGGUUCGUGGGCCAAGACUUGGCAUACUGGCGAUCUGCAAAGGGGCAGAGAUUGCAUUGGCCAUGGCGACUUACUUGCCACAAAUUGGAGCCACAGUUUGCAUCAAUGGAACCAAUGCCGUCUAUGGAUAUCCACUGUAUUACCGAGACCUCUGCAUCCCACCAAUCCUGUACAAAAGUGAAUGUAUGCUAAUAACUGGGCAGGGUGCUGCUGAUAUCUCUAACAUGCUUGGGGACCCGCGAGCAAAGCUCUCUUGGGAUAGUGUCUACCCUGUGGAAAGAGCCCAAGGAAAGAUCCUCUUUGUUGUAGGAGAAAGUGACGGGAACUACAACAGCAAGGCUUAUGCCACAGAAAUCAUGGAGAGGAUGAAGAAGCUGGGGAAAACCCACUGCACCCUUCUCUCCUACCCGAAAGCUGGGCACCUGAUAGAACCUCCGGGCUCACCAUUCUGUUACCAGUCCUGGUUACCUUUUGUCUCCCGUCCUGUUUUGUGGGGAGGGGAGGCCCAAGCCCACGUCGCAGCAGAAGUCCAUUCUUGGGAAGAGAUCCAAAAAUUUCUCCGCCUUCACCUUGGUCCGAUCCAGUCCAGUAGCCUUUGA